UCAGCUGACCCACUCGUGUUAUUCGCUGGUGUUGCUGCUGAAAUAGAAAGAGGAAGAGAAAAGUUAGGGAAAACCAUGAUUCGGUUAUUUGAAAAACUGCCAGCUCAAGAAUGCCCCAAAUUGCUUCACAGAUUAAUAGACGGUGUCUGUGGACGUGAUCGCCCUCGGUUUCAGGACUAUGAUAGCUUUUGGAAUCUGGCCGAAUGGAUGGAAGUGAUUGACACUUUUACUUCUGUUUUUAAGACGGCUGUUGGAAGAAAAGUAUCCGAUGAAGAGGUGAUUCAGUCCCUAACUGGACUCUGCUCCAGUUAUCAAGAUGUAAUAUUGCAAUGCCUGAAUGGCAGAAAAGAGGAAAUCAGACAGGCAUUGGUUGAAAAAACAAACACAGUUUCAUCGGCUCAGUUGCAGGACUUUGACUGGCAGUUAAAGUUGGCUUUAUCGAGCGAUAAGAUCUCUUCACUUCAGACGCCACUGCUAAACCUGGACUUGGACGUCAGAGAAAAUGGAACACUUAAGCCUGUGUCCAUAGAAAUGAACAAGGAAGAGCUGCACAGUCUGAUAAACACAUUAGAGGCAGCAAAUAAGGUCGUCCUACAGCUGAAAUGAGUAAUCAACAACAUCUAUCUUUGUGACAGUUCAAAUAGAGACUGUGUGCAGAAUAAAGCUGAGCACUGACAGUGAAGCAAAGGAGGAGAGUAAUGACACCAUCAAUGCUUUCUGAAUAAGCAAGGCACAGUCAAGAGAGAAACAGAGGACUAUCACCCAUUGCUAUUGACCUGACACAUUAUGCAUAUCUUUCAUAUUGGUGUAGCUGUUAUUUUCCUCCAAAGUCUGCCUAUAAAUGGAGUGUACUUUUAAUCCACUAAAAUUACUGUUGUAAUCAAGGAGAAAUUACUUUCUUGGAAUUCCCUUUUAGAGAAUUGUAUUUAAUUGUAUGUAUUCCCAUGUUCUGUAAACCAAGUAUUUUAUUUUUUUAUUUAUCU